AUGGCUACUCCUGUAACUCGAAAACCACCACCGCGCCGUUCCUCUUCAUCUCUCAGUAUCCUUGGCCCACCGUCUGCCGCCCUCCUUGCCGUAGCAGCGCGACCGCGACAUCCCCAACGACGCCCUACUAAACAGUUGUCUUACGAACUCGCCAACCACGCGAAAGCGUAUCUAGAGGGCUACCAAUUCGCCAGCGGCUACGACUUUCUCUCCACGCUGCUGAUCACCAAUACCUCCAUCUCGACUCCUGCCCUGUCAUACAUUGGGUUUCUUGCACCAACCACAUACAUAUCCCUUGCCUUCUCUCUCAUCGUAUACCCUCCUGUUAACACAAAAGCCCAGUCGCCAGAUGCAGCCAAAGGCGCAGACGCCGCUUUACGAUAUCUGCGAUGCAUACAAACAACAAUAGACGACCCCGCAUACCCGGCGGUCAGGAGAGCACUCACAUUUGCAAGAGACCGCACGCGACGACGCACACCCGGAUAUCGUAGCGCGCACGGGAGUGCCUCACCAGAGCCUAGCGGUGAUGUUGAGCGCUUGGCGGGCCCGGCCGCGAACAAAGAGAAUCUGUGGCAUCGCGCCGAGGACUUCUGGCAUAUUGUUGGCUGGGUAUUCAACUGCUCGGUCGUGCACAAAAGGCGAUGGGAUCGUUGGAAGCUGUGGCUCGGGGUCGUGCUGGAUUUCCUAGAAGCAGAUUGGGAUGUGUGCAUCAAGCAGACGAAAGAAGACGAGCGAAAUCUCGACUUCGUCUUGAAGGAUAGCCUGAUCUGGCACUAUGUCUCCGGUAACGGGGAUCCUACAAAUCGGACUGUCAGGCGAAGAAUCGCUAAGUCGAUUUUUGCGAUGGCAACACCGGAGUCGUUGAAAGAUUUCCCUGAGGUCUGGGAGAACGAGACAACCGUACCAAAACAAGACGAUAACAAAGACCAGCACGUGGGGAACGUCGACUUUGAGACUGGUGCGGUGGCCGACUACGACAGUGAUGAGGAGAUGCAAGAUGCACCAGAGGAUGCGCCCCGACCCAAAAGCGCUUCUAGUGACGACGGGCGAGUGAGUAUGCGCGAUGCCUUGGAGCAACUCGGUGGCACGGAUGCCAUCGACCUUCGGCAGCGCCUUAUCGUCUUGCUUGCCCAGGUGUCCAAAGCGCUUCCUAGGCAAUUUACCCUACUGGAAGACUUCUUUGACAACAUGCUCGAGCAAUUCGAUCACCUACCGACAAUGCUCUUUAAUGUCCUUCUGUCAACAUCCAAGAUGUCAGGACUAAACCAAGUUGCCUUUGGGGCCAAUCUUCUGCCUCCAUUAUGUAAAGGGAAGAUACCAGGCUUUUUCGCCCGCGCACCCACGCAGACUGAUCUUGAGAAAUCACUUCUCGCCUUGAAUGCGGCUAGUCAAAGCUUUGCCGCUAACGCCAAAGUCUCCCUGAUUCUGGAACAUAUAUUUCUGUAUUUGAUGAGCACGGAUGCGCUCAAACCCACCGCAAUGCUCCGGAAAGCCCUCGAGACCGGUAUCGAGGCGCGACACGGCGUUCUGGGCACGGCGAAGGGUAAACGGGGAAACAAAGACGAGGAAGAACAGGCGAAAGAGAUGAUGGAAGCUAGCUCGGAACGACUACUCGGCAUGCUGGAGGUUUUGGAAAUCGCAGCCGGAAAGGACCCGCAGCCGAUGACGGAGAAGAGUGCAAAGCCAACGUUUCUGUCUUUUGGGACGGACUCAUCACUGACUCCUGCGCCAGAAAGCGAUACGGAGACAGACGAGGAUUGA